UUAAGAAGCAGGCUGCCGGGUAUUCGUUACCAGGACGACAAGAAAUGACAAAACUUAUCGGUCGUCUGUUAACAGCGGCAGUGAGGGAGUAUCCAGACUCUUAGUAAGGUUUGGCUGUCACUUUAACAAAUAACAGCAAAAUAUGUGCUACAUACUUGAAACGCAAUUUCAAGGCGCUAAAUGGAAGUGAAAACUAACCGGCUUCUCGACCGACACUGAUUCAGCCAGCAACGCGGCGUCUAGCAGCAAGCAGAAGUAGCUAGCUCAAGGCUCGGUUGUGUUGCCAGAUAGGACACAAAGCUAUUGUGCUGUUGUGGAAGUUAUCAGUGAAAUUGAAUGCUGUAGCACGUUUGCCAUCCUUCACCUCGAAGUCUACUGAUCUUUUUCAGGAUUAAUCUGAGUAUGGUGAGGAUUUUUGCAUGAGCAGAAGAAUAAACUAUUAAAAUGAGCAAAACAUAUGAAUCAGGAAACGUCUCUGAGGUGGAGGAGCAUAUCUCUCUGAAGUAUGAAAUCAAGAAGAGACUCGGAAAAGGGGCUUAUGGCAUCGUAUGGAAGGCAGUUGACAGACAGACAGGUGAGAUUGUAGCUGUGAAGAAGAUCUUCGAUGCCUUCAGAAACAGGACAGAUGCCCAGCGAACAUUCAGGGAAAUCAUGUUCCUCCAGGAGUUUGGCGAUCACCCCAAUAUUGUCAAACUUCUAAAUGUCAUCCGAGCGCAAAAUGAUAAAGACAUUUACCUCAUCUUUGAAUAUAUGGAUACUGACUUGCAUGCUGUAAUUAAGAAAGGCACCUUACUGAAGGAUAUCCAUAAAUGUUAUGUGAUGUACCAGCUCUUCAAAGCCACCAAAUACCUGCAUUCAGGAAAUGUUAUCCACAGGGACCUUAAGCCAUCCAACGUGCUGUUGGACACUGACUGUGUAGUCAAGCUGUGUGAUUUCGGCUUGGCCAGAUCACUCAACCAAAUCCAAGAGGACAGUGGGAAUCCUGCACUGACAGAGUACGUGGCGACGCGGUGGUAUCGAGCUCCUGAGAUCCUGCUGGGAUCCACAAGGUAUACUAAAGGUGUAGACAUGUGGAGCCUUGGCUGUAUCCUGGGAGAAAUGCUGCUGGGAAAAGCCCUGUUCCCCGGGACAUCCACCAUCAACCAAAUAGAGAAGAUUAUGAGUGCCAUACCACACCCUAGCCCAGAAGAUGUCGUGGCAAUCAAGUCUGAAUACGGGUCCUCUGUCAUUCAGAGAAUGUUACUGAAACCACAGGUGCCUUUGGGGGAUCUUCUCCUGCCAUCUGUGCCUCCUGAUGCUGUGGACCUAUUGAAGGGUUUGCUAGUUUUCAACCCAGACAAGCGGCUGACUGCUGAGCAAGCCCUCCAACACCCAUAUGUAGCCAGGUUCCAUAAGCCAGUGAAGGAGCCAGCUCUUAACUAUGAUGUAGUGCUGCCAGUGGAUGAUGAUAUACAAUUAUCAGUGGUUCAGUACCGCAACAAACUUUAUGAGAUGAUACUGGAGAGGAGGAAUAAUCAAGGGAUGCUAAGACUGAUUCAGCCCAAAGAUGGAGACUGUGCCGGUAGCAGGGACAAGCCCAAUGUGAAAGACUGGGAAGAGAAAGGCCCAGUGGCAGGGAGCAGUGAUAGUAAUGUCAACUGUGAGGGGAAACCACAACAUAAAAAGACUGCAGAGACUAAUCAUGUGCCUUCAGACACUGGGAUCACCAAACCUGGGCCUACAAAUGUAUCCACCCCACCUGCUGUGGAGAAGAUGAGCCCAUUAGCUAGCCCUGGCGUGGGAAAGCUCACAUUUAAUCCCAUCACACAUGCACCAAAUGGUUUUGUUCGGAAUCCAGCUGGUGCUCCUCAUUAUUACCACUCUACUGCAGCUUGCAGGAAACCCAUAGGACAGACCAGUAAUGGCAGUACAACUACAUCACCAACAGAGAGCACCAAUGCUAAUAUAUCGAUGGACCAAAUUCUCCAGCGUGGUCGUUCUGCCCCUUCGGCCCAUAACCGUUCCUUCUCCGUGACCCUAAACCAAACCCACAACAACCCAUUAGUGCGCAAGGAUGAACCAUCACUGUCUCCUGGGCUAUACGUCACAGCUGCCUGCCUGAACCAGCGCACUAACUCUCAGGUUCGUGAUGCUCGGCCUCCGCCUCGGUUCAACAAGAAAGUAUUUCAGAAUAACUGUAAUGUGGCAGCUGCAGGGGACCCUCGAGCCAAGCUAGGCAGCUAUUCCCAGGCCUAUGGUACCAUCAACAAGACUGAACUGGACAAUUUGCUUCGAAAUCGCCCUUACAACCGUUAACUGCUGACUGGGUCAGUGGUUACAUAGGGGCUGGGUGGCACAUGUUUAAACACACAACAAUGUUUGCCUUGUGAUAUGAUAUUAAGCACUUGGCAAACUGAAAGCGAUCUUAUAAAAUGAAACUGUUAAGACUAUCAAACACCUGUUGAGUACUGUGAUUGUACCCACGGAGACAUGGAUUUCCAUUCACUGUCAAUGAAAGUGAAUAUAUAUAUAUAUUUGUAAGAUCCAAUAGUGAAGGUUUGUAUUACAUUUAUCAUAUUAUGCAACUUACAGCAAUAUGUACAUGUGUGUACUUUCUUCAGCAUACUUUGUUCAAGUGCUUCCCUCACAAGGAUGGAUUAUUAGUCAACUGCCUGGAUCUCCUGGUCCUGUUUUCAUUGAGUGUGUGGAGGUGUGUAGACACCAAUUCCACACAUUAUUUGUUGUAAUCAUAUGUACAGAGACCACAUGUGAAAAUUCACCUGCCAUACAUCCCUAAAGACAUUUGAGGUUUACCCAGAAAUCACAAACAGGAAGCGGUAUGAGCCCACUGCGCGCUUGAAUUAACCAUGAUUUUUCAUAUUGAUCUCUAGAGCUAAUGGCCUGUAGGCCUUAUGUAUUAAGUACAUUAAGCCAGUGGGUUUCUGAUGGACACAGCAUAACUGUAAACAUGCAAACCAUUGUUUGAAUUUAUUAUAUGCAGUAAGGAAAUAUUUUCAUGUGAAUACAACAGUAAUACUGCGAUGGAUUGGCGACCUGUCCAGGGUGUACCCAGCCUUCGCCCGAUUGCCGGCCGGGAUUGGCUCUGGCCCUCCCCGUGACCCCUUUCAGGGACUAAGCGGUAGAAAAUGAAUGAAAAUGAACAACAGUAAUAAUCCUAUUUGCUCUAGUAAUGUGUAUAGAAUGGAAAAGGUGUUUCUUGGACCCAAUUUAUAAUAUUUAACAAGACACAGAGAACUGUGGCAGCAAUAUACCAUAAAGGUUAAUAAUAAACUGAGGUACUCAAAUAGUUUACUUAGCAAAAGUACUUGUAUAACAAUGUAAAUACCUCCAUUACAAACAGCCCGGCAUUCAAAAUCCUACUUACAUAUGUGCAGUAAAAAAUACAAAUGUACUAUACUAGUACAUAUCACUGCAAAAAAAGGACCUCUGCUCAUAUGUUAUUAUACAGUAGGGUUAUUACAUUUUUAGAUUGCUAAUACUGAUACAACAAUGUGUAAGUAGCAUUUUGCUGUUGUAUUUGGUCAAAGUGGAGCUAGUUUAGACAAAUGAUUGGUCACAAGGUCAGUCAUAGGAGUUGAGAGAUGAUUAAUGGGGUGGGAAACAAGAAAACAAAGGUUUGUAAUCAUUUUAUAAAGGUUUCAUAAAUAUUUGCUUUUCUCAUGAAAUAUACUUCUUUUCCUCACUGGGCCUCAAACAAUUACUGAAAUAAGUGUGAAGUCUAGAGGGCAAUUAACUG